AUGUCUUGCGAGUACCCCUGUAGCCAGGAGCCUUUCCAAAAGUCUAAAACGGAGUCCUUCUCUUAUUCCCUGGACUCUUCUACUUUUUCCCAGUUUGGCUCUAUGGACAGAAGGGUGAAAAAGGCCAAGCUCCAAGGACCCCCAGGUGAGAAAUCCGCCUCCUCGCUUCUCUGCUACCUCAAUAAGUUUAACGUCUACGUCACACUGAAGGUCCAGAAUGUCAAAAGUACGACCAUCACUGUGCGUGGGGACCAGCCGUGCUGGGAACAGGACUUCAUGUUCGAGAUUAAUCGACUGGAUUCCGGGCUGGUGGUGGAAUUGUGGAACAAAGGCUUAAUCUGGGACACCAUGGUGGGGACGGCGUGGAUCCCUUUGGAAUCCAUACAUCAGUCUGACGAGGAAGGUCCUGGUGAGUGGAUCUCUCUGGACUCAGAGGUUCUGAUGAAAGCGGACGAGAUCUACGGCACCAAGAACCCGACGCCCCACCAGGUGCUUCUGGACACACGUUUUGAGCUGCCCUUCGACAUUCCAGACGACGAGGCGCAAUACUGGACCAAGAAGCUGGAGCGAAUUAAUACCAUGAGGAUACACGAUGAGUAUCCGCUGCAAGAUGAGAAUCAUAGAAGAGAACUACCAUCUGUCCCCUCCCAGUGCUGCAACUGGAGUUACUUUGGAUGGAGUGAUCAACAGACGCUGGAGGACCAUGACAGUGCAGUGGAUGACCGCGACAGCGACUAUCGCAGUGAGACGAACAGCCGCCCUCCACGGUACCACACCACAGCCCAGCCAAACUCUUCUGUGCACCAGUAUCCCAUGGGAAGAAAACUCCCACACCAGACAGUGUCCAAAGAAUCGGGGAAUGACUCCAUACAGAGCUUUGAGUCAGACUACAGGGAAGGAAGGGGGCCUAGCCCGGCGGACAGCUGCCGAUUUGGGUCAUCUGGAAACCUCAGCCAGGCUAGUUCCCAGUUCAGUUCAGAGCUUGAAGAACGCAGUGAUCCGGACACCCAGCGGCCCAGACCUCCGCUCUGCGCUCAGCAGACUAUAUCAGAGGACACAGAGAAAGGACAGAAGGAGGUCCAGUCUUCUCCAAGGUCAGGUCUGGACAAGGACCUGAGGGAGAACAUACUGUCCACGAAGUCUCCAGCUGAUCGCAUCAAGAAGCCAGAAAGACAGCUAAGUAUCUGCGAGGAUGGCCCACCUCUCUUCCCACCAACACGACUGCGUUGGCUGAAGGCCAUUAACAAAGUGAGAGCCCAGCUGCAAGAGAUGUUCUCACGAAAUCGUUACAAUGGCCAGGAUGGGGCUGGACUCCCUCAGUACCCUCGACCCAAAAACAAAACAGCGGCCCCAAAAAGGAGGGCUCCCAAUCCCAGGGUUGCUUUGGUGAUCCGUGGGAAAAUUCAUCGUCUCCUCCAAGGGUCCGGAGAGUACGUUUCCCAGCCUCCUGGCCUCUACUAUGCCGGCAUUCAAGAAGAAGAUGAGGAAGAUGAAGAGGAAGGAAAGGUGCCGGAUUUUUGCAGGAGAGGAAUUCCCAGAGGAGGAGGAGCCUGCUGUUCUGCCCCAGUCCCAAACGGUCAGGAACUUGGCGGCAUGGCUGCUCCAUCCUGUGUUGGUGAGGUGGAGCUUAACAGAGAGGGUGGAAUACGGAUACCCUGCACCCUUCAACAUAAUAGCACCUUGCUGCCCACUGGAACCCAAAACCAAACUCCUUCGGAUUUAAAUGGGGCAGGAUUUGGUGAAACAACACACAGUCAAAGAGGCUCUGUCGCCUAUGGUUUCAGUGCUGGUACAGAAGAAAAGACUGAGGAAGAGGAGGACGACGAAGAGCACGAGGAGGAGUCCAGUGCAAUCAUUGAUCACAUACUAAAAGAACUGAGAGGGAUCAACAAGAUCCAAGAGGAGAUCUCAGACCUGAGGGAAUACUUGUCCUCUGUCAGCGGCUCCGUGGAAGAGGUGUCCAGUUGCGUGGAUGCAGUUCUUAUGGAGAUAGAGGGAAUUCGCUCAGGAUCCAAGCCAGGGGUGGAGUCCUGCUCCAGCCAUUCACUACCUGGUCGUCACAGUUCCAACAGUUCUUCAAGCCAGGCCUGUUGCAAGCCCUGUACCCUGGAAGCUGCAAGUGCAUGCAGCGCUGUAUCUGAACAGCACCAUGGGUUUGGUGGGCAAUUCAAAACAACUUCAAACCAAGACGCAGACCUCCAAGAUACGAGGGAAACCUUCAGGAGUGUGACCGCCUUCUCCGGCACGGCUGUUUCAGCCCACGGUGUGUCAAAUGAAUUUGAGCAGGAUACCUCAGACCAGAGUUCAGAUGUGCUCCCCGGCGCUGGGAGAAGGAAGCUGAGCUUUGGCUACCUAGAACGCCAGGAUGGUCAGGAUUGCCCCAGCACCAGCUCGCUGUCCUCGGGCCAGAGCUCCAAGUCUGAAUCAGACCAUGAGAGGUCCACUUUAGGGCAGGUUCAGGAAGCUAUAGGAAGUGACCAGGAUUGGGGAUCAGUGGGAUUUAGACACAGUGGGAGUGUGGAGACUGGCUGGAGUGAGGAAGAUGGAUAUUCCAGACAGGGCAGCUAUGAGGAAGGGGAUGGCUGCACCGGAAGGGGAGAAACUUGGGAUCGGUGCAGGGAAGAAGGGACCUGUAGCUCCUUAGGUGGACAGUCAUCAAUGGGAAGCUCAGAGCACCUUUCCGUUCUUUCAAGCAGGCAUUACAAUUCCCCAGCUAGCACUUCUAGCCGGGAAGACCGUGAUGCACGCAGGCGAAGACAAUACUCUUGUGAGGAAGAUGGUGGCAUUCAUUCUGAACCUCUUGGAGUGGAGUGCAGUGAUUUUGGAGCUGUUGGUGACUACUUAAGUGAUGAAACAUCUGAGGCAUGUAGAAAUAAGGGUGAGGUUUAUGUGGCCACAGGCCAAAGUCAUGACACUUUUACCGUAAUGGCUACAAACCGUAAAGAGGGCUUCCAAGGGCAUUAUGGCCUUAGCGGUGGUCUGAAAGGCGAAUCUAAUGAGAAAAUUUCUGUGGUAGAAACAGCACCACAAAGCAAUCUGCCAGGUGCAUCGGCAGCCAUGACAAGAACCCAGAAGGAUGGAGAGCUGUCUGGUUUUGAUCAGAAUCUGUGUGGUUCGGAUCUCGAUGCUGAGGUCAGUAAUGUAGGAUUUAAUGUGAAGCGGAUCGGUAGGGCUGUGUUGGACUUCAGCACUGCCCUGCGAGGGGCACUAAAGAAACUUGAGGGUUCGGGCACCCAAACACCGUUGCCUAAGACUGAAGUCAAUCCACCUACAUUCUUUAGUGGUGAAUUGCAAGCAGAUAUUGCAAAUAACGAAGAAACACCUAAGCAGGAACUGUCCCAAACACCCACACCCUGUGCAGAAACUCCUCAAACGGACACGCCAUGCCAAGAUGCAACCCGAAGGGAUAGCAGUACUGAAGAAAAAGAGGAUAUCUCCACUGUGUCGAAUCCAUCUAACACCAAACUCCAUGUAGACGGAGACAACGAAGUCUCUUUGCAGGAAGAAAAAGAUCAUCAAGGAGCUCUGGACACCCCCGUGCAUGAGCCACCUUCCGAAGUCACUCUGUCACAACCUGUGGAGGUUGAACCCCCACCACAGUGUUCCACCUCAGAGUCCAUCCCUAUAUCAGUGUCUGCUGAGGGGCCAACACCUCUUGAGGACCAGAGCGUAAUUCAGGAGGAGCAGCCCCAAACAGAUCUCACUGAAGAGGCUAACAAGGUAGAGGAUGGAGAGCAAGUCCUGGAGUUGAGUCAGAGGGACGCACGCAGACUCAAAUGCCUCAGAAGCUUCCAGCAGAUACUCAGAGAGAAGAGAGAAACGAGACGGCAUCUCAACUUGGUGACCAUGUCCACGUUUUCUGAGGACGAUUUUAAUCAAGAAGGCAGUCGAGAUGAAGACCAGAAUCAGAGUAAUGAUGGAGACCCCAACAAACAGCCAUGGGCUAAGACAAGUGGAGGGGGUAUUUUUGGGAUUGACAGCAUGCCCAAUCUACGUAAGAGGAAACCCAUUCCCCUGGUCAGCGAGGUGUCUCUCGUCCAGUCAAGGAAAGCAGGAAUCUCCCACGCUCUUGCUGUCCGCACCUCACUGAAGGAUGAAGAACUGAAGAGUCAUGUGUAUAAGAAGACCCUGCAGGCUCUGAUCUAUCCCAUAUCCUGCACUACGCCACAUAACUUUGAGGUGUGGACUGCCACCACGCCCACCUACUGUUAUGAGUGUGAGGGUUUGCUGUGGGGCAUUGCCAGACAGGGCAUGCGCUGCUCCGAAUGCGGGGUCAAAUGUCACGAGAAGUGCCAGGAGCUGCUCAAUGCCGACUGCCUGCAGCGGGCGGCAGAGAAGAGCUCGAAGACGGGAGCGGAGGAUCGGACCCAGCACAUCAUCUCGGCCAUGAAGGACCGGAUGAAGAUACGAGAGCGGAACAAACCGGAGAUCUUCGAGGCGAUCAGGAACGUUUUCGUCGUCACCAAACUCCACCACGCCCAGCAGAUGAAAACCGUCAAACAGACCGUGCUGGACGGGACCUCAAAAUGGUCCGCCAAAAUCUCGAUCACAGUGGUGAGUGCUCAGGGCCUGCAGGCGAAAGAUCGUACAGGAUCCAGUGACCCCUACGUGACAGUCCAGGUGGGAAAAACCAAGAAAAGAACUAAAACCAUUUAUGGAAACCUCAACCCUGUCUGGGAGGAGAAAUUCAACUUUGAGUGCCAUAACUCAUCAGACAGGAUAAAGGUUCGUGUUUGGGACGAAGACGAUGACAUCAAGUCUCGCGUAAAGCAGCGUCUGAAACGGGAGUCUGACGACUUCCUAGGCCAGAGCAUCAUCGAAGUUCGAACGCUGAGCGGAGAAAUGGACGUCUGGUACAACCUUGAGAAACGGACAGAUAAGUCAGCCGUGUCCGGAGCCAUCCGCCUGCUGAUCAGCGUGGAGAUUAAAGGAGAGGAGAAAGUGGCUCCAUAUCAUGUGCAGUACACCUGCCUGCACGAGAACAUCUUCCAUUACCUGACAGACGUGGAGGGCCAGGGAAUGGUGAAGAUCCCCGUCGCCUGUGGAGACGAUUCCUGGAAGGUUUACUUUGAUGAGGUUGAACAGGAGAUUGUGGAUGAGUUUGCGAUGCGCUAUGGAAUUGAGUCCAUCUAUCAAGCCAUGACCCACUUUGCCUGUCUCUCCUCCAAAUACAUGCUGUCUGGAGUCCCAGCUGUUAUGAGCAUGUUAUUAGCCAACAUCAACGCUUUCUUUGCCCACCCCACCUCUGUCACCAACGUGUCCGCCUCUGACCGCUUUGCUGCCUCCAACUUUGGGAGAGAACGCUUUGUUCGGCUACUGGACCAGCUGCAUAACUCUCUGCGCAUUGACCUGUCCACAUAUCGAAACAACUUUCCUGCCAGCAGUAAACCUCGCCUGCAGGACCUCAAGUCUACCGUCGACCUCCUCACCAGCAUCGCCUUCUUCAGAAUGAAGGUUCAAGAACUGCAGAGUCCCCCCCGAGCGGCGCAUGUUGUUCGUGACUGCGUGAAAGCGUGCCUCAAUUCUACAUACGAGUACAUCUUUAACAACUGCCAGGAGCUGUACAGUCGACAGUUCCAACCAGCCGCAGAGGCCGUAAUGGAGGAAGUGGGACCCAGCAUUCAGAACCUGGACUUCUGGCCCAAACUCAUCACACUCAUCGUGUCCAUUAUAGAGGAGGACAAGGGCUCGUACACACCUGUUAUCAACCAGUUUCCACAGGAGCUGAAUGUUGGGAAGGUCAGCGCUGAGGUUAUGUGGACGCUGUUUUCACAAGACAUGAAAUACGCUCUGGAAGAACACGAGAAACACAAACUGUGUAAAAGUGCCGACUACAUGAAUUUGCACUUCAAAGUCAAGUGGCUUUACAACGAAUACGUCAGUGACCUGCCUGUCUUCAAAGACGCUGUCCCAGAGUACCCCUCGUGGUUCCUGGAGUUCGUGCUGCAGUGGUUAGCUGAGAAUGAGGAGGUGUCUAUGGAGUUCAUGCACGGUGCUUUGGAGAGGGAUAAAAGAGAGGGGUUCCAGCCGACGUCCGAGCACGCUCUGUUCUCCAGUUCUGUGGUGGACAUCUUCACGCAGCUCAACCAAAGCUUUGAGAUCAUCAGAAAACUGGACUGUCCAGAUCCCGCCGUGCUCGCUCAUUACAACCGCCGCUUUGCCAAGACGAUAACCAAAGUGCUCCUGCAGUACUGCACUAUUCUAUCCAAGAGUUUUCCCUCCUACUGUGAAAAAGAGAAGAUCCCCUGUGUUCUGAUGAACAACAUUCAGCAGAUGCGAGUUCUCCUGGAGAAGAUGUUUGAGUCCAUGGGUGCUAAACAGCUGGAUUCUGAGGCUGCCGACAUCCUGAAUGAUCUGCAGGUGAAACUGAACACAGUGCUGGAUAACCUGAGUGCUAUGUUUGCGAAGAGUUUCCAGAACCGUAUAAAUGUGUGUAUGCGUCAGAUGGCGGAGAUUCUGUACCAGAUCAAAGGGCCUCUGAAUGCGAACGCGCGGAACACGGCCGAAGCCGACGCGGACAACAUGCUCAGGCCACUAAUGGAGUUCCUCGACGCUAACCUGAGCGUGUUUGCAGACGUGUGUGAGAAGACGGUGUUGAAGAGGGUGCUGAAGGAUCUUUGGAAGACAGUUCUGAUCAGUAUGGAGAAAAGCAUCGUGCUGCCACAAAUUGAUGACACUUCUGGGUGUUUCUCUCCUCAGGGAGCCCAGAUUCUCACUGCUGCCAAGGAGCUCUCCAAACUUAAGGGAGGUGGCGAAGCUAAGAGUCUGACACCAAAACAGUGUGCCAUUAUGGAAGUAGCACUGGACACAAUUAAGCAAUUUUUCCAUGCUGGAGGGAAUGGGCUGAAGAAGGUUUAUCUGGAGAGGAGCGGGGAGCUGUCGUCUCUGCGCUAUGCUCUCUCUCUCUACACACAGAGCACUGACGCUCUCAUACGCACGUUUGUCAGCACACAGCACGCACAAGGCUCAGGGGUGGAGAAGCCAGUGGGUGAGGCCAUUAUUCAGGUGGAUCUGUCGCCCCCUGCUGGUAAUGGAGAGCAAAAACUAAACGUGAGAGUAAUCGCUGUAAACGACUUGAAGUGGCAGACAUCCGGAAUGUUCCGACCCUUCGUGGAGGUGAAUCUGGUCGGCCCUUCGCUCACUGAUAAGAAGCGAAAGUUCACGACCAAAUCCAAAAACAACUGCUGGUCAGCCAAGUUCAACGAAGCCUUUCAAUUUGUGCUGGGGAAGGGAGUGAGUCCAGACUGUUACGAGGUGCAGGUGUCGGUGAAGGACUACUGUUUUGGUCGUGCAGACCGUUUGGUGGGCGUGGCCGUGAUCCAGUUGCGGGACGUUGCCGACCGGAGGAGCUGUGUCUGCUGGUCUCCCAUGGGCCCGCGGAUCGGAACCGACGAAACCGGAGUCACAGCCCUACGCAUUCUCUCCCAACGACAAAACGACGAAGUCGCCAAAGAGUUUGUCAAACUCAAGUUUGAAACACGACCUGCAGAGGAGGGAAGAUGA